CAAACCGUCCCACUUCUCUGUCUUUUACCUGUAAACGAGUUUCUUUGUGUAAUUUUAUCGAACAUUUUGGUGCGCAACAGAAACCCAUAAAGGUCGAAGAAAGAUGGUGAAACCGGGUAUAAGGAGGGAGAGAAACAGCUCAACCGGAGGGCAAAACGAUGUCGUUGGCGGCGGCGGCGGCCGAUACAAGGGCGUGAGGAUGAGGAAGUGGGGCCGGUGGGUGGCGGAGGUCCGGCAGCCGAACAGCCGUAAAAGGAUCUGGCUGGGCUCCUACAACACGCCGCAGGAGGCGGCGCUGGCCUACGACGCCGCCGUAUUCUGCCUACGUGGACCGUCGGUGCUGCUCAAUUUCCCAGAGACUCCGCCGGAGAUCCCCUCUGCCGGAGAUUUGUCGCCGUCGCAGAUCCAGGAGGCUGCUUGCAGGCACUCUCACAGUUUCCCGGCCACGGCGGAGGUUUCUCCCGUGGAGGCGGAGAUUUCGGAGGGGAUGUUAAAGUUCCCGGCGGAGGAUGGGGAAGCUUCUUAUGGUUUGGGUAUGGCGGAAGUUGGGGUUCAUAAAGGCGACGAUGGUCUUACGUGUGAGACGCACUAUCAGCCGCCUAGUUUGUGGACAUUCUAGAGCUUUUUUUUUUCUUUUUAAUUUUA